UUGUUAUUGUUGUUGUUGUUUGAAUUUGUCUUUGAUAUCAACAAGUUGUUGUUGUUGUUUGUUAUUUUGAUUAUUUUCGUUUAUUAUUGAUAUUUAUAAAAAUUUUUUACAUUUUCACAUAACCAAACAGUUCAAACAUUUGAUAAAGGCAAUAAUUUUGAUCGAACGAUAAAUCAUUUUCUUUAAACGAAAACAAACAAUAAUGGCAAUAAUUAUGGCUAUUGGAAAUAUUUCCAAAAUUAUUCUAUUUACCUUUGGUUGUUAUCAAAUAUUAUUUAUGAUUAGUGUAAAUUGUCAAUCAUAUUUUGGUAAUAGUAAUGGUGCUGUUGCUCCUACUUCUGGUAUUGGUAGCAAUGGUUAUCAAAAUAAUCAUGGUAAUGCAUGGCAAGGAUAUCGUAGUUAUUUUGAGCAACCACAACAACAACAACAACCAUUCCAACAAUUCUAUUCAGUUGUACCGCAACAACAACAACAACAACAGCAACGAAAUUAUUAUCCAACAAGACAAACAACAUCAACAAUACAAGUAACAUCAUCAUCAACAUCUACUGCAACUUCCAGUUCCGAACCAUUAGUUGCUGUUGCAAAAAUUGAAGGCAAAGAUGUACAAGGAAUUGUACAAUUUCGACAAAUGCCAAAUUCAAUGAAUUUACAAGUAUCCGGUCGUAUAACCGGAUUGACACCCGGUUUACAUGGUUUUCAUGUACAUCAAUAUGGUGAUACACGUAAUUCUUGUACUAGUAUGGGUGGACAUUUUAAUCCAGAUAAUAAUAAUCAUGGUGCACCAAAUGAUCAACAAAGACAUGCCGGUGAUUUGGGUAAUAUUGAAGCCAAUCAAAAUGGUAUGGCUGAAUUUAAUAUGUUAGAUCAACGUAUUUCAUUGACUGGACAAUAUUCAAUUCUUGGUCGUGGUGUAGUUGUACAUGCCAAUCAAGAUGAUCUUGGUCGAGGUGGUCAACAAGAUAGCCGUACAACGGGUAAUGCCGGUGGUAGAGUUGGAUGCGGUAUUAUUUCAUUGGCUGCUCAAUGAAAAUAAAAAAAUUAUCGAAAAAAAAA